UACAACACACGUAAACAGAAAGGAAGUUUGUAUAGGCAAUUGUUCCUCUUAAUUCUCGUUUGCGAGGAUGAGGAAGUUUCUUUUAAUGGCUUUACACACUCUCUUCAUGUUCAGUGCUCAUACGGCCGAGUCUGAUAAAGAAGCAUUGCUCGAGUUCAAGUCUCAGCUUUCUCGAGGGAGCAGAGCUGCGCUGGCCUCAUGGAAUGGUGGCUCUCUCCAUCUCUGCAACUGGACCGGCGUUACAUGUGGCCGCAAGCACCAAAGAGUGACCCAGUUGAGGCUGAUAUCGAUGAAACUGGCCGGAGUGAUCUCGCCCUCUGUCGGUAACCUCUCAUUUCUCAGGUCACUUGAUCUUGGAGGCAACUCUUUUCACGGAAACAUCCCACAGGAAGUUGGGAAAUUGUCUAGGCUUCGAUACUUGAACAUGAGCAGUAAUCUUCUUGGAGGGGGGAUCCCGGUCGGUUUGUCCAACUGUUCUAGUUUGCUGCGCCUUGAUCUGUCGUUCAACCGUCUUGCAUACAAAGUUCCUUCUGAACUUGGUUUACUAUCUAAGCUUAUCGUUUUAAAUCUUAGUAAGAACCAAUUGAUGGGGAAGCUCCCCCCGGGUUUAGGAAACCUGACAUCGCUCGAGAAGUUGAGCAUUGCAUUUAACCAUAUGGAAGGGGAUGAGAUCCCGGAAAAUAUUGCCAAACUGAACAGAAUGGUGUUUGUCCAAUUAGCAGGCAACAAACUUUCCGGAGCAUUUCCUAAUGCCUUUCGCAAUCUAUCUUCGCUCGAGUUUAUAUCCAUAGCAAGCAACAAUUUCUCGGGUGAUGUUGGGUUAGAUUUUGGAACUCUCUUUCCGGACCUCCAGUUCUUGUCUGUGGGAGGAAAUGAUUUCACGGGAACGCUUCUUGUUCCAUUUUCCAAUAUCUCAACUCUUCGACAGUUGGAGCUUUCUUACAACAACUUCAGAGGAAGUAUUCCCUUGAGUUUGAGCAGAAACCAGAGAUUGGUAUGGCUCGGGCUUUCUCAGAACGGUGUAGGUAACAAUGCUUCCGCUGAUCUUGAUUUUCUUGGGGGUUUGACUAACUGCACGCAGCUGCAAGUCUUGGAUGUUGGCUAUAAUAUACUCGGAGGUGCCUUGCCUGUCUCCAUAGGAAAUCUCUCCAAGCAAAUGGCCUUUUUAUACUUUGGAGGAAAUUAUAUCUCCGGAAGCAUCCCUCUAGGCGUUGGAAACCUCGUAAACCUACAAGGACUUGGUUUCGAGAGAAAUCGUUUGACAGGCAAGCUUCCUACUUCCCUCGGAAAGCUUUCUGGGUUGGUUAAAAUCACAGGACAAUCAAACAGAUUUUCAGGAGAGCUACCCUCUUUCCUUGGAAACAUGACCACAUUAGAAUCCAUCUUUCUGUUUAAAAAUGAAUUUGAGGGGAGAAUCCCUCCAAAUCUCGUCAACUGUAGUUUCCUUCAACAUCUUGGGCUUUAUUCCAACCACCUGACCGGCACUAUACCUCGGGAACUUAUGGACCUUCCAUCUCUUGUGGUUUUAGAUGUCUCGUAUAACUCUCUGGUCGGUCCUCUGCCAGAAAACGUUGGAAAUCUAAAAUAUUUGAUGAUUUUACAAGCUUUUUACAACAGAUUAUCGGGACAAAUACCUCAAACUCUAGGAAACUGUCUCUCCAUGGACGAAAUUAUUCUCCGAGGAAAUUCUUUCAACGGGACAAUCCCAUAUAUUGGAAGGUUAAAGGGCCUCCACUACCUUGAUCUCUCCAACAACAGUCUCUCUGGCAACAUACCUGGAUUUCUUGUGAACCUCCCACUACAGUAUCUAAAUCUAUCCAUGAAUAAUUUUGAAGGGGCGGUGCCGAUGACCGGAGCAUUUCGAAAUGCUAGUGUGAUUUCCGUCUUUCGUAACAAAAAUCUCUGUGGAGGAAUUCCAGAAUUGCAGCUAAAGCCAUGCUCUAUGCAAAUGCCUGCAACGCGAAGAAGGCAAUCCGUAUCCCAUAAGAAAGUUGCAAUCUUUGUUAGCCUGGGUAUAACUUUGCUUUUAUUAUCGUUUCUGACCGUGAUUUCUCUCUCUUGGUUCAAGAAAUGGAGGAAACAAAACAGAGCAAACAAUGGUAACAGUCAGCCUAAUUCUGCCAUGGAUAUUUUUUAUGAAAGGAUAAGUUAUGAAGAGCUUCAAAAUUCAACCGAUGGCUUCUCAUCUACCAAUAUCAUUGGAUCAGGUUACUUCAGUACUGUGUUUAAAGGGUUCCUUGGUCCCGAGAGGAAGGUCGUCGCUGUUAAAGUUUUGAACCUUUGGAAGAGUGGAGCUGUUAAGAGCUUCAUGGCCGAGUGCGAAGCCUUAAAGGGUAUACGACACCGUAACCUUGUGAAACUAUUGACAGUUUGUUCCAGCAUCGAUUUCAACGGAAAUGAAUUCAGAGCUCUGGUUUAUGAGUUCAUGCCAAACGGAAACUUGGAUACGUGGUUGCAUCCACAAGAAGUAGAAGCCGGGACGAGCAAUCCCACGAGAACUCUGAACCUUCUUGAAAGACUUAACAUCACCAUAGAUGUGGCCUCGGUUUUGGUCCAUCUUCAUUGUUAUUGCCACAGCUCCAUUACUCACUGUGAUCUAAAACCGAGCAAUGUUCUUCUGGAUGAUGAUCUCACAGCCCAUGUAAGUGAUUUCGGGUUGGCCCGGCUCCUCGGAAAAUUUGAUCAAGAAGCAUCUCAGAACCAAUUUAGCUCUGCCAACAUAAGAGGAACCAUCGGUUACAUGCCACCAGAGUAUGGGAUGGGAGGUGAACCGUCGGUAAUGGGUGAUGUUUACAGCUUUGGAGUCCUCGUGUUGGAGAUGUUCACAGGGAAAAGACCUACAGAUGAAUUAUUUUCCGAGGAUUUCACUAUCCAUAACCAUACAAGAUCAUCAUUACCAGCACGUGUGACGGAUAUCGUAGAUCCAUCUAUUUUGUACAACGCUGGUGCUCGUAUGGAACGUGCUGCCAUGGCUGAAUGCUUGGGAAUGGUUCUCGACGUGGGAAUCAGGUGUUCAGAAGAAUCUCCGGCCAAUAGAACGGCCAUUGUUGAGGCUGUUGAGGAAUUAGUAUCAAUCAGAAAGAGGUUCUUCAAAGCCAAGAGGACUACUAUGCAGAGGUGAUGUGGUUAUUAGAUGCAUAUGUUUUAUAUGGAUGGUUAUUUCACCGGUUGUUUGUUGCCGUUUGUAAAUAUAAGGUAAACUAUUCAGUGUAUUGGUAAGAGAUGGGGAUGCCACCUUCAUCGACAUUUACAUGUUACUGGCUAUUUUCUAAACCUAAAUAUCCGUUACAGUAAUCAAGAUUCUACUUGUAUGA